AUGGGUAUUCCAGUGCCAUUCGCUUGGAGCGAGAGCUUCGCUACCAGCUAUAAGAACAUUGACAACGAACACAGAACCCUCUUCAACGGACUGUUUGCCCUCUCCGAGUUCAACACUCGUGACCAGCUGGCAGCUUGCAAGGAGUGCUUUGUGAUGCAUUUCCGUGACGAGCAGACCCAAAUGGAGAAUGCUAACUUUGAACAUUUCGAAGAGCACAAGGGCAUUCACGAAGACUUUUUGGAGAAGAUGGGCCAUUGGAAAGCGCCUGUUGCCCAGAAAGAUAUCAAAUUUGGAAUGGAGUGGCUUGUUGACCACAUCCCCAAAGAGGACUUCAAGUACAAGGGCAAAUUAUAAACAGAGCAGACGAACUAAUACGCCACCUAUCGGCCUUUAUUGCUGCCAUUUAGACCAAAUUGGAGUCAUUUACCCAAACACUGUUUAAUGGACUUAUGCAUGAUGUUAUUAGGAUAAAAAGAGUUACAGAUGUAAAUGUAAUUAACUUAUUG